UUUUCGAUUUUAACAAAACAAAAUGGAUUGAUUGACCUUUUCGAAACACUGAUUAAUCUCGCUACACGUACUGUCCCAAAUUCACUCUUGAGACCCUUGUGCCCUCGAGUUCUCACGUACGAUGACGUCAUCAAAGUGCACACUUGGAGCAGGACAGCAGGGUUUGGGGCGCAAUUUGAGACAGAGCCAUACAUACGAGCGCAUGUGCUGUCUUGUCCUGAAGUUUUAUAAAGACAGAUAUAAUCUGUGUUCCAAAUAAUUCAAGACAUAUAGAAGCACCUGAUGUGGAAAAUACGCAAAAACAGGAAGUAUGUACUGUAUUUAAAAACAAAUAAACUGGUAUGGCUCGUCCAUUCUAUAUAGUGCACCUGGCCAGUAGGGGGUCAUUUGGGAUGCAGCCAUGUUUUGACGACCUGUGCGGUUUGAAAUGGAGAAAACCGUGGUUAAGUUCAGACAUUGCGGGAAAGAUAUUUAUAGUUUUUCGAAACCAGAUGUCACGGUAAAUCCACAGGUUGCGUGUGAGAGAAGCGUGUGUCCUGUUUGUGGUGAUCCUCUGCUUCUUGGACUUUUAGAUGCCCCGGUAGCACUUCCUUCUCCUUUCACACACGGCCGUGAAACUCAGUGCUCGUUUCUUAUCGGAGCAAACCAAGGACCAUGGUGUUUAGGAGAAUGGCACGAGACGGAGUUACAUGUUGGACUCUCCGACUCCAGAGGUUUGGUCUAUAACUACACACUGUCUGGAGUCCAGAGGGAUGAACAAGGAUGGGAGCAGUGUGUGUCCAUCCAGCUGGUUCCACCAUACAGAGAAGACCUAAUACAGCUAUGGGAUAAAGAACUGAACCUCUUUUCAUCACUCCCAGCAUGGACUCCAGAACGAUUCCAUGAAGAGAGGGAGUUUGGCUCCUGUUGCUACGGUUUCGCCCUGACGUUCAUAAACCACGUGAGAUCGCUGGACAAUAAAGCCCCUCUGAGCAGAAAUGAGUUCACCGCUGCCCACGUUUUAUCCCCAAUGAAACGUGCCUCCAUGUACAUCAGGGUUUAUGAAGAAAUAUCACAACAUGGCUUUUACAUUGUUGAUAAAUAAGGUCUUUAUAGUUCAGUUAAUUAGUGCUUUCAUGUGAAAAUAAACUUGGUUCAGUUUUAAAAUGAACUCUUACCUUUACUGCCCUGCCAAAAAAGGUUACACGCUCUAAUAUUUGGUUGGACCGCCUUUAGCUUUGAUUACAGCAUGCAUUCGCCAUGGCAUUGUUUUGAUAAACAUGUGCAACGUCAUGUUAUUUAUUUCAGUCCAGAGUUGUAUAAAUUUUUCACCAAGAUCUUGUGUUGAGGAUGGGAACCACUGCGUAAAGUCUUCUCCAGCACAUCCCAAAGAUUCUCAAUGGGGUUCAGGUCAGGACUCUGUUAUGGCCAAUUCAUAUGUGAAAAUGAUUCCUCAUGCUUCCUGAACAACUCUUUCACAAUCUGAGCUCUAAUUUUAUGCCCAUGACAUGAAGGAAGAAAGACAAUUAUUGAUAACCUGGUCAUUCAGUACAUUCAGGUCAUCAGCUGACUUCAUUUUAUUGCCCCAUAACGUCACUGAGCCUCGACCUGACCAACUGAAGCAACCACAGAUCAUCACACUGCCUCCAGAGGCUUGUACAAUGGCUGCUAUGCAUGAUGGAUGCAUCGCUUUAUGCUCUUCCCUUCUUACUAUAACGCGCCGAUCACUCAGGAAUAGAGUAAAUCUGGACUCCUCAGACCACAUGACCUUUUUCCAUUAUUCCUGAGUCCAAUCUUUUUGCUCCCUAGCACAUUGAAGCCUUUUCUCUGAUUAGUCUCACUAACAAAUGGUUUUCUUAUGGCUGCACAGCUGUUUAGUUCCAAUCCUGUGAGUUCUCAUCACAUUGUGUCUGUGGAAAUGCUCUUCAUUUUUUUUUUUUUUUACUGGGGGGCUAAAGCGACACCCAUCAUCCUCAGGAAUCUCCUUUGUUUGUGCAAUGAUACACUUCCAUAUACAUGUGUUUGUGAAGGUCAGACUUUGAUAGAUCCCUGUUCUUUAAAUAAAACAGGGCAAACACUCACACCUGAUUGCCACACUGUUGAUUGAAAAUACCUGACUCUAAUUUCACCAUCAAAUAAACUGCUAAUCAUG